AUGAGCGUCACAUACGAGAGCGGAGGCGCGGCGACGGCCCUUCGUGGCAUCGGCGAGUCGCGGAAGGAUGAUCGUCCGCAUUUGCCGGAGCGCCUGCUCUGGAAGCUGUGGAAGCGUCGGGCCGCCCGUCAGGAAGAGUUCCGCACCGGGGCGGGAGCGCGCAUACGGGUGUUGUAUCCAGGGCGGUCCGGCACCUCCGCCGGCCCCGACUUCCGGGAUGCCCUGAUGGAUGUGGAGGGCGUCGGUCUGGUGCGUGGGGACGUGGAGAUACACCUGCGCCAGCGGGACUGGGACUCACACGGCCACGGGGGAUGA